AAGAAAAUGGAUUUAAAUAGAAAAAUGAUCGGAUAAUGAAUCUUAAAAAAAGUUUUCUAAAAGAAUAACCAGAAAUUGAAAACCGACCCUUUCACUCUUUUUUUUUCUCUUACUUCUUUUUUCUUUCCAAAUAUUAUAUCCUGCAGGUAAUUCACAUUACCUUUUAAGCAAUAGAAUCGAAACUUACGAAAUCCCCAUUGUAGAAACAAGGGAAAAGAAAAAGCGACAUAUAAAAGUUUGACAUAUUUUUUUCUUUUUCCAUGUUAUUUUUACAAUGGUGUUAUAUUGGACUCUUCAGCUUGCUUCUGCCGAUUAUCUAUGCAUUGCCAGUAAGCAGACAACAAGAUUACAGUUCAGUACCCGAUAACUAUUUCGUAGUGGAUAUUCAUUCAUUCUCUUCCAUCUACUCGACACAUCUAUCAUUUGAUCAUCUCGACGGAACUUUGUCUUCACUCUCUAAAGCCAUAUCACUUCAUUUCCAAAAGCUCAUCCAAGUAACUGCACAACCAUUCGACCUAAAUGAUACGUUUACUGUGGAUGUAGAGCUUUUAAAGGGCCAACUUCAAGGUGCUGUGGGUUCUUUUAUUGAAGAUUCGAUGCCAACCAUCUGGAAUACACGUGCAGCUGUCAUUGAUAAGGCAAACUUGUCUAUUUACAUCGAGCAAGUGAUAAUGCAGUAUUGCUACUUGGAUCAAAAUAUUAUAAAUAAUACGUGUAUUGAAAACAAUGCACAUGAAAUUGUAUCUACAGUCGAUCAUUAUAUCCAGCAACAUCUUUUAAAUAUCAUUACAUUGAUUGUGAUGCAAGAUCUGCCUCCCUUAUUCGAAACCACACAAUCCCAUGUGAAUAGCAUAUUAGCUCAUUUCGGUCAUUAUCUGAACAGGAAAGCGUCCACCAUCAAUACCGGCAUCGUCAUGCACCACUCAUUUGAAAAUAUAGAUGACUUGACAGUGCAUCUACAAUCAGCUAUCAAAUUAUAUCACUCAUCAUUAGAAAAAUUGACAUUGGACAAGUAUACUUUGCUUGCUAGAGUCAAUUAAUAUUUCUUCUCCUUUAUUUUGCACAUAUU